AUGGGUCCGAAAAAGCAGCAGAAAAUGUCCCUGGGGGACUUUCUGGGCGACCAAUCACUCGGAUCAUGGGCUGAUGAAAUGGAGGAUAUGCCCGUCAAUGGCGGCGGCGGCGGCUAUGGAGGAGGCGAGAGGCGCACUUUCAGCUCCGCUGGCGGUGGAUUCGGUUCCGACCGCGGCGCAGGCGGUGGUGGCUUCGGUGGUAGCGACCGCCUUGGAGGCUACGCUGUGCGCGAGGAACUCCCUCUUCCUUCCAGGCCCCCGUAUACGGCCCAUCUGGGUAACCUCUCUUUCGAUGCUACCGAGGGCGAUAUCAACGACUUCUUCACCGACUGCGAGGUCACCAAUGUUCGCAUUGUGGAGGACAAGCUCGAGCGAAAGCCGAAAGGCUUCGGAUAUGUUGAAUUCGGCAGUGUCGAUGGCCUGAAGAAGGCGCUCGACCUGUCUGGCACGCAAUUCCAAGGCAGAAAUAUCCGAGUUAGCGUUGCUGAACCUCCCAAAGACCGUCCCGAACAAAAGGAUAUGUCCGACUGGACCCGAAGGGGUCCUCUACCUGACCUUCCCGGUCAGCAGCGCCGUCCGUCUGAGCGCGGUGGAUAUCGCCAGUUCGACGAAGGAUCCGAUGCAGGUGGUGAGCGGAGACGCCCCCCUCCAUUCAGCAGCGAUGGCAAGGAGCGCGAUUUCGGCAACUGGGAGCGCAAGGGUCCGCUUUCUCCUGUUCCCCAAACGGGGCCUAUGAGGGAAGGUGGCCGUGUGCGCAGCAACGACGGUCCCCGCGAGCGACGACAGUCUCCCGCUUGGGGUGAGGGACGCUCCAACGACGGUUCUCGUCCUCCGCGUCGCGAGUUCUCUGACCGACCUCAACAUGACCGUCAGCCCACUGCUCCUGAGCUCGACAACCAGUGGCGAACUAAGAUGCGUCCGGACGCUCCAGUCAAGUCGCCCACAGCUACGCCUGAUGCUAGCACUCCUUCGUCUCCCGCGCCUCAACCUGCCGCUCCGGCAACUCGCCCCAAGCUCAACCUCGCUAAGCGAACUAUCUCGGAGGCACCCCAGACUCCCUCGGCCGCCGCCCAAUCUGACUCCAAGUCCAACCCAUUUGGCGCUGCUAGACCCAUUGACACCGCUGCUCGUGAGCGUGAAAUUGAGGAGAAGAGGCAACUGGCUAUCCGUCAGAAGAAGGAGUCUGACGACAAGGCUCGCGAGGAGCGGAAGGCUAAGGAUUCCGCCGAGAAGAGUGUCUCCUCCCCGAAAACCGAGGCACCAUCUACCCCCUCAACUGAAAAGACUGAGAAUGGGAACGAGGAGAAGCCGCGUGCCAACUUUGAGAUUCUACAACGUGUAGGAGAGGAAGCUGAUGUCCCUCCAGAGGUUGAAGCUGCCGACGCACCUGCGAACGAUGAUGUUGUUGACGACAAGAAUGUAAAGCCGAAGGAAGUAGUGCGUGAUACCAAGCAGGACAACUCUUGGAGACGAAAGUCUAGCACGCCUGCGGCAUCCACACCUACCACAACAGAGAGCAUGGACGAUGACGGUUGGAGUACCGUCACUAAGCCUACGAAGAAUCCGAGGGGCGGAAAGGGCCGCGGUGGCCCAGCUCGCGCCAUUGCCUCCUAA